CGAUAGUAAUUGCGGGUAUGGGCACGUCAGUACGCUGGGGGGCACGUCUGGCCAGUUCUGCCCUGUGUCGCAGAGGAGGGUCCAGGGGAGUGGACAGCUGUGUAUGUGUGUACAUCAGACGAGGCAGCGGACAGCGCCCGGCCCGGGUAGAGUUUAGCUCAUCGCAGUUACAGUUGACGCCGCAAGACUUGCCUUCAGCCAUGAUGAAUUCCGACAUGGAUGUGCUGGAAGUAGAAAAUCAGGUCGAACUGGAAGAAAAGACGCGGCUCAUUAACCAGGUUUUGGAACUUCAGCAUACAUUAGAAGAUCUCUCUGCUCGGGUUGAUGCUGUAAAAGAGGAAAACCUAAAGCUGAAGUCAGAAAACCAAGUUCUUGGGCAGUAUAUUGAGAACCUCAUGUCUGCAUCCAGCGUCUUCCAGACAACAGACACUAAGAGCAAGCGGAAGUAAUGGCCGAUUGUGCCUGUAUUGUCCUUGUUUCCACUGGUGUUUGUACCUGAAUAGUGAAUAUGGGUCUAGUUAGCAGAGAACGUGCUUUCACUCAGCGAGCUGUAAACCUUCUGUACACAUGGUGACUGCACGGACGACACUACUUUAAUACACUGAGUAACAGGCAUUCUGGAUUAACCAUACAAUGUCAAUGACUACACAGAGAAAUCAUUUAAUUGGCUUUAAAAGACUCCACAUCAGUAAUUACCCUUGUUAUAUACAGAAGAAAGUGUUCUACAAAUGCUGUGGUGUAUUUUAAAGCCCCUGUAUGUAUAGCGGCUGCAUCUAUAGCAGAGUAGGGCUAUACUUUUUUUUGCGUGAUGUCUAUAUGUUCAGUAUCUCUUACAAAAUAUCCAUAGGCUAUUCUAUUGGACAUGCCUGAUCCAUUUGCUCUAUUAGGGGAUGCGGAGUUGAUGGAGGGGAGUCCCCCUCCUCUUCCCUCAUUCUCCUCCCAUAGUAGGAGCGGCCCUUUCUGGAGAACCCCAGCAUGUCCUUGCAUCAUCAUAAUCAUCCCUUCCAAGUUCUUCCUCCCUACAACAUGGGACCCAGCUUGGACGAAAGCCUUUAAAUGAUACAGAAAGUAUAGGUUACAGAUGAC